UCACUUCUGCCUUCACUUAGGCAACCCCAGGAGCUCUGACUCCUAGGCAGUCACGGGGAAGGGCCGCUGCGCCGCCCGCGGCCGCGGCCUGCGAGACACUUCCGCCUGGUAUAAGGGCAGCGGCCCUGGGCGCUUCCUCCCAGACCUCGCACCCAGCUCGGAGCCCGGAGCGUGCCUCGGCGCAUCGGAACUGUUUGUGAGUUUCCAGGCAGCCCAGGGCCAAGCCACUUCUCCUUUCUGCAGCUGCAGGGAGGGAGAGGAGGAACCCCGCGCGAUUCUAGAGACGACUUAACAACAAGGAGAAAUCAGCUUUGUACUUAGCUUUCACCAUGGAGCAGCUGAGCUCAGCAAACACCCGCUUCGCCUUGGACCUGUUCCUGGCCUUGAGUGAGAACAAUCCGGCUGGAAAUGUCUUCAUCUCUCCCUUUAGCAUUUCAUCUGCGAUGGCCAUGGUCUUUCUGGGGACCAGAGGUAACACGGCGGCGCAGCUGUCCAAGACUUUUCAUUUCAACACGGUUGAGGAGAUUCAUUCAAGAUUCCAGAGCCUGAACGCUGAUAUCAACAAACGUGGUGCAUCCUAUAUUCUGAAACUUGCUAAUAGAUUAUACGGAGAGAAAACUUACAAUUUCCUCCCUGAGUUCUUGGCUUCGACUGAGAAAACAUAUGGUGCCGUCCUGACUGGUGUGGAUUUUCAGCAUGCCCCUGAAGACGCAAGGAAGACCAUAAACCAGUGGGUGAAGGGACAGACAGAAGGGAAGAUUCCAGAACUGUUGGCUUCAGGCGUGGUUGAUAACAUGACUAAACUUGUGCUAGUAAAUGCCAUCUAUUUCAAGGGAAACUGGCAGGAGAAAUUCCUAAAAGAGGCCACGACGGAUGCUCCGUUCAGAUUGAAUAAGAAAGAUACAAAAACUGUGAAAAUGAUGUAUCAGAAGAACAAAUUUCCAUUUGGCUACAUCGAGGACCUUAAGUGCCGUGUGCUGGAACUGCCUUACCAAGGCAAGGAGCUCAGCAUGGUCAUCCUGCUGCCGGAUGACACUGACGAUGAGUCCAUGGGCCUGAAGAAGGUUGAGGAACAGUUGACUUUGGAAAAGCUGCGUGAGUGGACCAAACCUGAGAAUCUCAGUUCCAUUGAAGUUAAUGUCAGCUUGCCCAGGUUCAAACUGGAAGAGAGUUACACCCUCAACUCUGACCUGGCCCGCCUGGGUGUGCAGGAUCUCUUUGACAGUAGCAAGGCUGAUCUGUCUGGCAUGUCAGGAGCCAGAGAUAUCUUUAUAUCAAAAAUUGUUCAUAAGGCCUUUGUGGAGGUGAAUGAAGAGGGAACAGAGGCAGCAGCUGCCACAGCGGGCAUUGCCACUUUCUGCAUGUUGAUGCCAGAGGAAAAUUUCACAGCCGACCAUCCAUUUAUUUUCUUUAUUCGGCACAAAUCCUCAGGUAGCAUCCUGUUCUUUGGCAGAUAUUCUUCCCCUUAGAAGAAAGAGACUAUAGCAAUACAAAACCAAGAUUAGCGCUUUAUUACCUGAGUUUUUAAUAGUGCCACUGUUCUUACAUCUUUACCAAUAAAACCACUAUCCAGAAAUGAA